AUGCUUCGAUUCACUAACGUCGAUCAUAGGCCAACAAGGCUUCCGCCUGUCUAUGGAUAUCAUACUCAUCCGCUACUUCCACUUCGACAAGCUCUUGAUCCUAUUAUCUCUCAAACAAACCAAUUAGAAAAAUUUAUUAAAAUUGCAAAGACUGAAUGCCAUUUUCCUUCAGAACAUGGACUCAGUCGUGAAGAAUCAGCAUCAAUUUACCUAUACACAAUGGAUUGGGGUGAACAAAGUCUCUAUCGAGUACUCAACGCAGUGCUUCGUGAGAAAGAUCGAUCAAUAUUAGUACCAUGGUAUGGGUAUCUCAAAAUACUUGACACUGCAUUGGCAAAGCUACCAAGUUUUCAAAUCAAUUUAUGGCGUGGUAUCAAUCAUGACGUUACUAAAAACUACAAAGAAAAUGAUAUAUUUACCUGGUGGUGCUUUAGUUCAUGUUCAUCUGCGGUAAAAGUUGUCAAGCAAUUUCUCGGAUCUGUAUCAACAUUGUUCAUGAUCGAAGCGAAGAAUGGAAAAGCUAUAUCAGCAUAUAGUAAUUUUACAGAAGAAAAUGAAGUUCUUCUUCCUUUGGGUACUCGACUUCGUGUUGUUAGUGACGCACUAGAUCAUACGUCAUUGAAUGUGAUACACUUGCAGGAAUUGAUGGAUGAAAGUGAUCCAGAAUUAGCAUCAUCCUUGGGGAAUAUGAGUGUCACUACUGCACCGAAGCUUUCGGCGAGUGAGUAG